UUUGGCGGGCUCCGGUCUAAUCGUCUGCAGCCAUCUGCGAGUUUCGUGUAAAUUUUUUACUUUUAACUUAAGAGUGGUAAGGUAAGGGGGCUCAAUGUAACUUGAUAAGAUUAACAAUUUUAAAUAAAAAUAAUGGCAACAACAAAAACAACAAGGCAACAAAAACAUUUCUAAAAAUGUGAUCGUCGUGUGAACUCUGGUGUCGCGGCUCUCCAUGCUCUCCAAGUUCCAUGCUGUUUGGCGGGUACACAGCAUCCCUCUUGAUUGGAGAAACUACCAAUGUCGGUCGAGUUACGGAUCUCUCUUUUUCCCCUUUCUUUUUAAUGUCCUCGUGUACGCCCAUGUGAGUGUGGUUGUAUUCACGAGGACUCUCUUUUUCCUAUUCCGGCUGGUGGAUUCAACUUUACUACGAACCGAACACGUGUGGAUGCCUGGCCGUAUUUCCCAGGCUUAAAGGUGAACGCCAGACAGCCCUGCGAAAAACGGACCACUUGAAAAACGCCCAAAAUGAGCAACCCCAUACCGUUGGCUGUCUGCUGGUUAUUGCUGCUGCUCUUGACCUGUUGGAGUUCCGCCAGUAUAGUAACGACAAGAGUAGUCGGGGUUGGCGAUGGGCGGCUGCAGCAGCAGCAGCAUGACACGCUACGGCGGAUCGAUCCAGCAAUCUCCGAACCGGGAGACUGGAAACCCAUCGACUACGGCCACCCAAUGCGAGACGACCCGACGCUAGUCUACGUGCCACCGGUCGUGGACCCUGUCCACUAUGGCAUCCAUUCGGCGGAGCCGCUGUGGCCGAUCCGGGGCUCUAAACUGCCGCAAUUUCACCUUCCACCGGAAGCCAUGCUGGCCGCCUCUUCGACGGAGCAGCGCUGGAGGACUCGACAAGCCUCGAGGCUUCACAUCAAGACUGACGCCACGACGACGCCGAGGACAUUGUUCAAACCGUCACAACGGACGGACCGACCCGACCACCACCACCGGAUGCCGCAGUUUCACCGGCAUCCCGUCAGAUCGACCGCAUGGAAACGCUACGAUCAUCCGUCGAAUCAAUUGAUCGGCAGGUCGCCCGCUCUAGGACCUCCUUUGCCCGUCAUCUUGCCCACCUUCAGACCAGGGGUUGCCAGUAUUAGGCCGACGUCCAGGCCUGUGGUCCUGCCCAUGUCCAGGCCAAGAGUAAUCCCGCCUAAUACGUCCGGCAGCAGCAGUAUGCCUACCGCUGGACAGCAGCAGCGCCUAUUAGCUGGACGGCAGAGAGCGGAUUUACCACCUCCGGCCAAUCGAUAUUUCAGCAGCAAUGCCAGGAGCUACGAGAGUGUCAUCGAUGACGGCGCUAAUAAUGGAUUAUUACACUACGGAAUCAGUCAUCACAGUCUUAGUGCUGGCAAAGCGGACGACAUUGAUCGGGCGGACGACGAUAUCGACGGACUUUUGCUCAACGACACGUCCAGCGAAUCGCUGCUGCCGCCGCCGGGAAAUGAGAAGAAGAAGGACGUGACAGUAUCAGACCAGCACCACCAGCAGCGCAAAAGGGCUAAGAAACCCUUUUUCCCGUUUCAAUUUGUCAUCCAGUCGGGAUAUUCCAAAGUGAGGAAAUACGGCAAUGAAAUCAAGGAGAGUUUAUCCGCUGAUUUCUAAUGUCUCAUAUACAGUCCACAACCCAAAAAUUAAAUUGAAAUUAAAUUAAAUAUAAAAAAAAUGAGAUUUGUUGUUUUAUUUCGUUUAAACUAAAUUUGAUUCAUUUAAAGUAUUCUUGAUAAAUCUAAAAAAACAUUCCCCAUUUUUUGAAAAGUUCUACAGUAUAUAUAAUAAUAAUAAUGUAUGUAUUUAUAAUAUAUAUGAAAUGUCCAGUGGCGAUCGAUGGAGGGGCUGCGUGCCUGCGUACAUGUAUAUGAAGGCCACAUCGCAUACAUAACUGUUGACUUGGCAAUCAAUACACACUGCCCCGAGAGAUAUAGAAAUAA